AUGGGGCAUCUUAUUGCAUCCGCAUAUGACAUCGUAUUCAUUGACUUGACGCGUUACGGUUUUUCAGAAACCUUUUUUCCACUCCGCACGACACCUCCUACAAAUCCAAUUGAUCGUAUUAUAUGUGUUGGAUGGCUCGCCAAGUCGUGUCAUUUUGUACAAUUGUACUUGAAACCGGGACGCCCCAUACCACCUACUUCACCGGAAUGGGAACUUUAUCACACCGAAGUUGUCGAUACGUGGCCGAACCGUUUUGUGGAUAAGAUGCACGAUUUUGAAAGGUUGAACAACACCGAGAAGGAAUCAAAUGCCGAAAAGUCAAGAUUCGAACCUUCAAUAGAUUUAGACGGCGAUAGCUCUUUUGAUGUAUUUAUGUAG